GAUAACAGAAUAAAGAAGCUAAAAUGGCUGAAGAACCAGUUAUUCCAAGUUCUUUUAAUGCUUCUGAUGUGUAUGAUCCAAUUGGUGAGACUGAGAAGAGAUGUGAGAAGUUAGAUAUACCAGCUCCUUUGGCUGCUUUCUUCAGAAAGACAGAGUUGCAUAGGAACUUUCAGCAGAUAAUUCAAGACCAAAGUUUGUUGGAAAAAGUUGCUGCCAACUAUGUAAUUGUUAAAAAAAUUCUUAGUUUCUUGCCAUGGCAGGACAAGAUAAUGUGUAAGAAUGUUUGCUCAAUGUGGAGGUCAGCUGUGAAUACAUUACAAAAGGAACAGAUUGGUCCUGCUGACUUUGCUAUCAGUUUGAGACUGUGUCACAUUAAAAAUGGUCUGCAGUUGGUACAGUCUGAUGUCUUCUACACUGAACCACUAAUGGUGUUAGUAUUUGGCAAUAUGGGAGGUUUUGGAGUCACUUACAAAUGUGAGACAUUACUAACUUGCCCUUGUGAUCCUCCUUGUGAAAAGAGUCAUCACCUUAUAGAUUUGGUGGAUAAUGUAGUGGUGGCUCCGAAGAAAUGCAUGCUGGCAGUGAAAGUCUGUGACAUAUCAUAUAAACCUUUGAAACCUUCAAAAACCAACCACUUGACAGUUGGCAGGAAGUUAUGUAGGAUCAGUGGCUUCAUAGUAGGAAUGUACAUACCAGUUAUACCAAAUGUGAAUUUCCAAAUCAUUAACAUAAAGUGUAUCCGUGAUAUCAAAACAGUCUUCAUGAAGACCAUAGACAAACUGGCUGAGACAGACUAUAUUAAGGGUGCACUGGUCUUUGUCAAUGGAAGUUUCAUCCUGCAUUCAGUGGAUGAUAUAGUCUUUUUAAAUUAUUUGAAAGAGGUGCAGCCAAAUGUACCAUAUGCCUUAGGAGGAUGCAUAGUGGAAGACACAGUGUCCGACAGGGAUGAUAUGAACAUUAUGAUAGAAGGAGUGAAUACUGGUAAAGAUCUAGUGACCGAGAACAUUGUAUCUAUUGGAUUGUUCUCUGUCCCCAAAAGUUUUAUUGAUGCUCCACCAGAAAAUGGCUGUAAUUUUGACAUGUUCUCACUGAUAUUAGAAUCCUCUGACUGGUCAAAAGCUAAGAUACAGAGUGCUAUUAAUGAGUUUGCGAAGAAAGUUCCUCACUUUGAACACAGUGUGGUUAUCAAGAUGUCGUGUGUGGGUCGUGACAAUAAGCAUGAUUAUGAGCAAGAACUCUUCCGGGCAGCAUUCCCAAAUACACGUCUAGCUGGUUGCUAUGGAAAUGGAGAAUUAGGUAUCAAUCACCCAGAGCGCUUAAAACCUGAGAGCUUCACUAGUGUCAAACGUCACCGAGCUGAUCCUGGUCCUGCAUUUGGUAUUAUGUAUUCUUAUUCUACAAUAUUUGUUUACAUUGGUUGGGGUAAUAUAGUAACACCUGCUCAGUCUACCUAAGAUCAAAUAACUUGUAAUUGUUUUGAUUUUCAAGAUUAUUCAUUACAUCACUACCUUAUAGAUUUGUCAUAAUUAGGUGUAGCUUUAUACAAAUACCGGUGUGUUUUAUACUUUUUCAUAUAGAUGUUUUGAGAGCUUAUACUAUUGGUAAUCCUAUGAUACAUAUAUUCUCUACCAAAGUGUAAAAGAAUUUAUAAAAUAAGAUGUAGUCUAGUUUAAGAGAAUCAAGGACCUGUUGGAACAUCUAUGUAAUCAGCUAAUCCAGAUACCAUUUUAUAAGUUGAUGAAGGUUAGACUGUAUGUAGACGAACGAAUAAAUUAAGCUGUAUAAUAUCAAUUUUUUAUAAUGCACUUUUUGAACACUUCCCCAGAGGGGAUAUUACUAAGUAUAACUAUAUAACUUAUGUAGGUUUUAAGUAUAAGUAAACAUUUAUGCUUCCUUCAGCGAUGUCGUGCAUUGAGAUGCUACAAUUUUUUGUAUAAUGAGCCUACAAUUUUUAAGUGUUUUUUUUUAUUUUGGCCUCUGUGCUGUUACCAAGUGAUUGUUUACUUUUUAAGUACUUUCUGUGUUAGAUAUGUAAGGCUAUUUAUUGACGCUAGCCCUAGUUGUAAGUGUAUAAACUACGCCUUUGUAGAUAUUGUUAUGAUACCUAUUAUAUAUUUAUUUAAUGAUGCACAAUUGUUAACAACCUUCAAGACCUACAAUUUUAAUUGAGUUUAAUACUUCCUAAACCAUUUAGCUGAACUAGUUAUCACCUCCUCAGAAUUUGCCGAUGCAAAUCUCUCCUUUGAGCUAGCAGUUAUGAACAUAAAUAGUAAUUCAAAUCUAUAAACGCGUAGUUCAUACAUCUUCGAUUGUUGCUCCACUUUUAUUUAUUAUUGAAGCUUUUACUGCAAUGCUUUUAUUUUCUAUAAGGUUUUUUUAAGUACAAAGCCAGGAAACAGGUUCUUCUGUAGGUACUAUAUUUAGUGCAUUACACUUUUUUGCAGCUUAUUAAGUUAAUUACCAUAAUACUUCAUAAAUAAUUAGGAUUUUAAAUUUUUUACUCAACUAAGAAAAUUGUGAAGUAGGAAUUGGUGUAACAUUAAUUGAAAAUUAAGAACAAAUAAAAAUAAUCUAUUUAAAGUUUCUGUUCUGGUACUAAUUGCGAUUUCUGUAGUUGUGUUUCCUAAAUAUGUAAUUAAAGUCACCCAUACUGA